AGAUUUUUCGGUUUUAGCGAGAAAACACAUUUUUCAGUUUCGGCGGAAAAACAAGAUUUUUCGGUUCUGACGGGAAAAUGAGAUUUUUUGGUUUUGGCGGAAAAAUACAAAUUUUCGGUUUUGGCGAGAAAACACGUUUUUGCAGUUUUGGCGGAAAAAGACGUUUUUGGCGGGAAAACGCGUUUUUUGCGGACUUGGAGGGAAACACGUUAAAACAAAAUUUUUCAGUUUUGGCGAGAAACGAGAUUUUUCGUUAUUGGCGGGAAAAAGCGUUUUGCAGUUUUGGCGGGAAAACACGUUUUUGGCGGAAAAAUGUGUGUUUGCUGUUUUGGGAGGAAAACGCGUUUUGCGGUUUUGGCGGGAAAACACGUUUUUCGCGGGAAAAUGUGUUUUUGCUGUUUUGGCGGGAAAAUGCGCUUUUGCGGUUUUGGCGGGAAAACACGUUUUUGCGGUUUUGACGGAAAAACGCGUUUUUGCGGUUUUGGCGGAAAAACGUGUUUUUGCGGUUUUGGCGGGAAAACGCGUUUUUGCGGUUUUGGCGGGAAAACACGAUUUAGCGGGAAAACGCGUUUUUGCAGUUUUGGCAAGAAAACACGUUUUUCUCGGGAAAUCGUAUUUUUGCAUUUUUGCGGUUUUUGCGGGAAAAUGAGUAUUUUCGGUUUUGUGAAAAUGAGAUAUUUCGGUUUUGGCGGGAAAACGAGAUUUUUCAGUUUUGGCAGGAAAAUGAGAUUUUCGGUUUUAGCGGGAAAUACGUUUUUUUGUUUUUUUGGCGAAAAAUACGUUUUUGCAAUUUUGGCGGGAAAAUGUGUUUUUGUGUUUUGGCGGAAAAAUGUGUUUUGGGGUGUUAGCGUGAAAACAUGUUUUUGUGAUUUUGGCAUGAAAACACGUUUUUUGGUUUUUGCGGAAAAACACGUUUUUGCAAUUUUGACGGGAAAUUGCGUUUCUGGGGUUUUGGCGUGAAAAAAUAGUUUUUAGGUUUUUGCGGGAAAACGUGUUUUUGUAGUUUUGUCAGUUUUCGUAUCUGACAAAAAUGAUAUUAUUUUUAGAUUUGUAAUUUGUGAAUUACAAUAUUAGGGACAUAAUAGACAUUAUACCUUUUUGAAUAAAUCAUUUUUAUUCAAAUGAUCCAAAUUGGUUCAGUUGAAUGAACUUUAAAAUUAAGCCUAAAUUUCCAAAAGUCAUCCGGAUGAUUCAUCUGAAUGAGUUGUACUUUUAGUACCUAAACAAACAAAACUCUUAUCUUCAUCCAAAUGACUCAUCCAUAUGGAGAAACAAACAGAUCCUUAUUUAUAAAAAGCAUACGAGAAUAAGGAAAUAGGAGAAUUAGACAUUAUUCGUGUAAGAAAAGGAAUCCUUAAGCUAGUAUAAAUAGAAGGCAAUGCUGAAGGUUUUGAAUCAUCCGAGAGCAAUAAGAGAGGUUAGCAGUUAAGAGAGGUUUUGCUUUGGUUAUUACCUUGUGAUAUUUAUUUCUUUCUUUAGAUAAGUUUUGGUAUCAAGUUUAUUCCAAAUUCUAUAGCUCAAAAAGUAGGUUUAAAUCCUAACAGAAUUGUAGGUAAAAGAUGGCGAGUUUAACCAAUAACUAGAUUUUGACCCGCGCUUAGAAAGCGCGGGUUUGUUUGUUUUUUAUUUAUUAAUCGAAAACUGAUUUGCAAAUUACCAUUAUUUAACAAUUGAGUUUUUAGAUUUUUAUCAUUUUUUUCUCUUCAAAAUAUGGUAUUUGUUCGAAAUAUGGUAGUUCUUCUAUAAUAAUGUUUGAGUUUUAAAAUUUGUUUUCAUAUCUGACCUAGAUUCAUGGUUGAACCUAUAGACCCAAUACAUUGUAUAUAAUCCGGUUCAGAUUUAAUGAAAAAUUCGUUAAAUAAAAAUCUGAUAUAACCAGGUAAAAACCCAAAAACUCACUAUUAACCUGUAAUCUGAUACCAUUGAUCCGAUUACAAAAUAUCUAAUAGUAUUUUUUUAAAAUUGAUUAAAUUACUCAUAUAUUUAUUAAUAUUACAUAAAUUAGUGAUUCCUUAGAAUUUGACAAAAUUUUAUUAUGUUAUCCAAAUAAAAAUUGAUAAUACAAAAAUCUUAUUGAUAUGACAAUAUUAGUUUAUUUUCGUUAUUAAUAACCUAUUAUAAGUUUGUGUUUUUAUUUUAGAUUUAAAAAUUAAUUUUAAGAUAGUUUUUAAAAUAUUCUUGAACACUCGUAAUUGUCAUAUCAAUAUUAUGUAUAAAAUGACAUUAUAAAUGGAAAAAUGAUAUUGAAAUAUGUAUAUGAUAUAUGGUGUAGGAUAUAGGAUUUUGGUUUGUAUUGAAAAAAUGUAUAAUAUUCAAAUGAUCUGUUUUGAAUAUUGAUAUGUAUAUUUAAGAAAAUAAUAUUUUCAUGUUUUUUAAUUUAUUUAUAAUUCAUAAUAUAUCUAUACUUAUAUUAAAUUUAAAGUUAAUAUAUCUUUUAAAUAUAUAUAAGUCCAUUAUUUAUAGAUCCAUUUAGGUCUAUAUGUAGGCCCAAAACUAAAAGACUUAAAUGCCAUUAAUGAAUUUUAUUAAUACCUUGUAAAAAUAAGGGUAUUUUUGAGAAAAUUGAAAUUUUCAUUAAAGGGAGAAUGAUCCUCUUUUAAUGGUAUUGAUGAUGUGCAAAUCAUCGAGCCACAUCCAGAUUGCAGAGUCGUGCUUGAGAACACGGCACUAUUGGUUUCCAAAACGGGGUUGGAGAUGGAGAGGAGGAUCAGGAACAGUAAUUUUCGUAAUGCAAAAUUCAACUUCCUGAAUAACUCAGACCCUUGUCGCGCUUUUUACCAGCAAAGGCUUACUGAAUACCGUGAGGCUUCUCCGAAUCAAGAACCUUAUGCUCCAGUAGCAGUUACUACUGAUCAUCCCGAGUGUAAGGGUCCUCCAUCUAGUUUUACUUUUGAACUUGAACCUCCUCACUGGAUCACUCUCAAGGAACAUGCUACUUUGAAGCUCACUGCGCAGUCUGUGGCACGCUAUGGGAUGUCUUUUCUCGAGGCUUUAAUCAACAAAUACUCUACCAACCCUCACCUGGGAUUUAUCAAAUUCAAUGAUCCUAGGUGCUAUUAUUUCAUUCAACUUGUUUAUGCUUAUUCGAGAGUACUAAGGCUGAGCAAAACGGAUGGUGCUUCUACGGAGACCUUUGUUAAGGGUUUUCUCGAGCAGCUUCAGAUUCUACUUGAAAAGGAUGAAGAAGAAGGACUGGAGAUGGCUAUGAGUGACUUGGAUGCUGUUGUGGGUUGUAGUGAUCACAUGGAGGAUCAAGAGUCUUUUGCUAAGAUGCCACUCCCUGAUCACCUUUUAAUGGGGAUUUUGCAACUACAACAUCACCAAGGAGAGCCAAAGAGACAAUAACCAGUUCCAUCCUCUCUUUUAUUGUUAUUUUUACUAUUUAAUAAUAUAAUAAUAAAAUAUUUUACUGUAAAAAUUUAAUGUUACCUUUAAACUAAUCUUAUCAGAUAAAAGGAUAUGGUUUCUAGGAACUUCACAAGCCUGCGCCAGUUUUCCUCAGGAGUUUUUGUUUGGAUUUGGGCACUAACGAUAGCUGUAUGAUGAGCUUUGCAGUUACUUUAAUCAACUUUUAUGUUUCAUAAAUCAAAUUAGCAAUGAUUAUUACUUUCGUUUGCUGUUUAGGACAUCCUUUGUUCCCCACAUGAUGAUUAAUUAGACAAGAUAGUCAUUGGUUCGCAACACAGAAGGAUCUCUCUUGUUUUUUCAUAAUAAGCUUACAGUAGACACCCAAACGAUGAUUAUUUAUCCCUCUCAUCUUCUUGAAUUUGAAAAUGUGUUAUCUUGGGUCAGGCUGUUGUACGAGAAGUGAAUCCGGGAUUGAUAUACUCGUGUUUCUUGGGAUCAAGAAUGCUUGGGAGUACAGUAUUCCCGUGGCUUAUGAGCGGACAAUCACUGCUAAGGCUUGAAGAUUGCUUAGUCUACAUAUACGCAACACUCGGGAUUGUGUUUUCUGUACGAGCCUAUGAUCAGGUAACUUAAUUGAAUAGAAAGCUUUAAAAAUCUCGUUGCUAUUCGUAUUGAAGGCCUCACACACUAUAUCUUGCAGGAAGUCAGAACUUUAGUAAUACUUUUUUAGACUGGUACUGCCUUUGCUUGCAAGAUUAAUUAAGGAACAUGUAAUAAUAUGCUAAGGCUCUUAUAUACAUUCAUUCUGAUGAAUCUUUCAUUCUUUUCUAGUGUAGUGAAACUUUUUGUUCUUAUUUAUAGGUAUGUACUGAAUACGUUGCGUGGAGGGAUGAUAAGCCUUUCUCAUGUCCCCGCUAAUGCUGCUAUCUUGUCUUGCUUUAUGUCCCGUUAAAAACAUAUAUGGCAUCUGUUUCGAUCGUGUAACUACACCAAGAUUGGCACAAAUAUGAUUACCCUUUUUGGACUUGUCCACUUAAGGGGAAGCAAGACAGGGCAAAUCAAUAUGUUUCCUAACAAAACUCAGGUUGGUAUGUGAUCUUGUUUGUCUUAAUGGUCUUGCUUUUAUUUUGUAAUGGCAACAUGAACUGAGCAAACACACUAACCUCUGAAGCUCAGAAGAUGCAAUGAAAAAGUUCUUUUUAUUAUGAAAGUAAUUGUUUUUUUUUUCCAGUUCUUAU